GAAGCAUUGUUGAAAGAGCGUAACUUUGAAAUGGAAGGAAAUGUCCGACAACGGCAAGCCAAGCUUGAUAAGCUAAGCGAAAGGGAAGAACUGAUGAAGGCAGUAAUUGAGGAAAGUAACGAAAAUAUGGAUCUCCUAAAAUCGAGUACGUUAGCUAUAUCAUAG